CACAAACACAGGAAAUUAAUAAAUUAUAAUUUAUCAAGAUGGGCGCCCUCGGGACGGUGAUACUGGCGAUGACGAUAACCUUAACCCUCUCCCAGCAGUACCGCCAAGGUUACGAAGACUACGAGCAAGAGUACGACAGUAAUCCCCGCCAAGCGCAGCCGACCCCGCGAAGUUACCCAAGCGGUUCGCCCGCCGUGCAGCGCCCCCAGGCGCCGGCGUCCCCUAAACCCACGCCAGUCGCCAUCUUGAAGCAGAUAAACCGUCACAACGAAGACGGUUCCUACACGUACGGGUUCGAGGGUGCCGACGGCUCCUUCAAGAUCGAGACAAAACUCGCCAACGGUGAGGUCAAAGGCAAAUACGGAUUCGUCGACGAUGGCGGCAAGGUCAGAGUCGUCCAGUACGGCGCGGAUCAGUACGGCUUCCAACCGGAGGGAGAGGGCAUAACCGUCGCUCCGCCAACCCUCGUCGACGAAACCACCAACAAAGAAGCUCUCCAAGGUCAAAGCCUGGACUACCAAGAGUACCAGCGCCCGGCGCCUGCGAGGAUUCCCCAGCAGGUGGCGCCCCAGAGGCCUCAGUACCAAGCACCUGCGCAGCCCGCCCCACCCCAGUACCGUGAGCCUGCGCAACCCGCCCCCACCCAGUACCACACAGAGGCCCUUUAUGGAUCAGGCCCCAGGGGCCCGAUUUUCUCACCUGCAGGACAACAGUCCCCACUUCUGAGGGCUCACGACAGCUUCGAACAGGCGCCAGCGUCUCAGGCCUACAACCAGGGCCCUGUGCAGUUCGGACCGGCACCCGUUAGGGAGGCCCCGCAAACCCGUAGUGCCCAACCCAGUGCUGCCCCUGGCGGCGGAAUCCUCGAUCAACUCGCCAGAGACUACGCUCUACCCCAGAACUCCGCGCAACCACUUCACGACAUCAGUUUUGGAUAUUAUUGA